CGUAGAGCCAAGUGACAUGUCGGUUUCCCCAUCUGAUUUCCAUCUCUCUGCAGCCUGCCCUGGGGGUACCGAGAAGCCUUGCAGUGGAUACGGGCAAUGUGAUGGUGAAGGAACACGUGGAGGCACCGGUCUUUGCAUGUGUCAGACUGGCUACGGUGGUCCCUUUUGUUCAGAGUGUGGAGAUGGCUACUAUGAAGCUGCUCGCAAUGACAGCCACCUGGUAUGUGCGGAGUGCUACCGGGCCUGUGGGCGCUGUUCAGGCCCCGAGGAUACCAGCUGUCUGCGCUGCAAGAGAGGCUGGAUGCUGCACAACCAACGAUGCAUCGACAUAGAUGAAUGUGGCACUGACAUGGCACACUGUCGCAACAACCAGUUUUGUGUCAAUACCGAAGGCUCCUAUGAAUGCCAAGAUUGUGCCAAAGCUUGUAUUGGCUGCAUGGGCGCUGGGCCUUCUCGCUGCAAGAAAUGCAACAAGGGCUAUCAGAGAGAUGGUGUAAAAUGCCUUG